GUUCUGCUGCUUUUGUGCAGUCUUUGUUAUUACUUGAUUAGUGAUUGCCAAAUCUGGACCAUUUCUCAAAUCCAUGCUUGCGAACGCACCUGCCGCCACGAGAGCGUUAGCUGCAGCAUCGUCGCACCUUGCGGCUCGGCCUACCGUUGCUGCACGCAUUCUCGGCCGUGUUGGCUAUGCAGAGGGCAUUGAUACGCAACUGCGCUUUGUGGGCGACGUUCUGGCCGGGCGCAACACGGUGGUCUUGCCGCCACAGCCCGCCGCAGCCCCCAGCUCUCUCGGCGAGCCCGCAUCGAGCUCGAAGCUGGCGAAUCAGAAUAAUACGAAGCUAACGUCCGGCGCUGUGACGGCCAAUGGAGGAGAUUUACUACUGCUCGAGCACAAUCCGGUCUACACGCUUGGACGCCGUAUGCAGCACGAUGCAGACCAGGCUGCCAGGCUAGCAGCACUGGGAGCCGAAUACGUCUAUACGAGUCGUGGAGGUCAAAUCACAUUUCACGGUCCAGGCCAGCUGGUUGGCUACCCAAUACUCAAUCUCGCAGCCUUUUCCCAUCGAGUCAGCGUGAAGGAUUACGUCCGGCGACUCGAAGUGGUUCUCAUGCGCACGUGCGCUGAUUUCGGAGUGAAGACGGAGCUCACAGCCGACACUGGAGUCUGGGUUGGCAAAAACAAGAUUGCCGCACUCGGCAUUCAGCUACAUGAGCGGCGAGUGACCUCGCAUGGCUUUGCUCUGAACUGCCAAACGGAUUUGCGCUGGUUUUCUCACAUUGUGCCCUGCGGCUUGGUCGGCAAGAGUGUAACAUCACUGUCUCGCGAAGUUCAGCGUGAAGUUUCCACUGAAGAGACGCUGCCAAUAUUACUCAAGCACUUUGGCGAUGUGUUUGAGUGCGACGUGCAGCGGGUGCUUGGCGCGUACUAGAUCUAGUGACGAUCGCAGCAGCAGCCAAAUGCAAGUGGUUUUUGUUUUGAUCCUUUUGUACAAGUAUUUCGCCAAACAACAACAUCUACAUCAACUCCA